AUGGGAACAGAUCAAUCGUCAAAAGGAAAAGCAUGGUUUGGUAAAAUCUACAACAAGUUGGAAAAGAUACUUGUGGAAGUGGACACUUUCACCUCUCAGAGCACGCUUUGUUUGAACUCAGAUGAUGAUCCUUCAGGAUGGGAAUCUGUAAGAAGCGAACCAGAGGAAUCUGCAGAGGACCGUUCUUGUGAGCAACAUGAUGGUGGUAAAAGUCCUGAUGAUCCACCGUCACAUCAGAAGUUUGAGGAACAAUUUGAACAAGAGGAUAAUUUAUCUGCUGAUAGAGAUGACUGGGGUAGUAAUCUGUCAUCAGUCACUACUCUUGGCGUUGAUGAAGAACCAAUACUUACCGAUGCUGAGUCUCAGUUCAUUAAGACUUUAAUCUCUCGGAUAUCUUCUUCUGGAGACCCUUCUGUUAUUCCUCAAACUUCUGUGGAUGUUUUGGGGAUUGAAGAAGAAGAAUGUAAUGAUGAUGACCUGCUUGAGAUUCCUACGGAUGCUUCAAAUCUGAAUCCAAUAGCUACAAAGAUUCCAGAGAUGCCUCUUCAAGAUAGUGUAGCAAAUAUGAUAUCUUUUAAUGAGGUUAACCUGGAUGAUAUGUGUAAUGACAAAGCUGAAGAUGCUCCUUUAGCUACCAACGCAUUGUAUGGAAUGGAAUUUCAAGAAGACCCCUCUCAUGUUGACGACAAUGCCCUCUACGCAGUGCGUGUUAGGACCAAGAAACUCAGAUCAGUCAAGAGAAAGAUCUUGGAUGCUUUAACUUCCAAAAGAAGAAGAGAGAAGGAGUAUGAACACCUUCCGAUUUGGUUCGGAGAUGCUGAUAUGGGUUCUGAUCUGGUGGUCACUGGGGGAGACUCUAAACAAGUGGAAGCCAUGGACUCCAAAAGCUCACAGGUACAAGAAUCAGAAGAUUCUCAGUGGGAGCUAUUGUGA